AUGAAAGCAGCGGAUUAUCUGGACGAUUUACUUGGUAAACUAGAUCCAAAUCUGUCCAUUACCGGUCCGUCCAGCCAUUCUUCGUUUCACGACGCGAAUUCUUCUGUGUCGGUAAAGCUUCCGCGAAUUGCGCUCCCGAAAUUCUCCGGAGAAUUCAUCGAGUGGGAGACGUUCCGCGGAAUGUUCGAGUCCCUCGUUGAUUCACAGCGCUCGUUGUCUAACACCGAAAAGUUGCAUUAUUUGAAAGCCAGCGUUCUCGGUCGAGCUGCGUUGCUCAUUAAUAAUAUCCAGAUUUCCGACGCGAAUUACGAGGCGGCGUGGCAGCGUCUAUGCGACGAGUUCGACAACAGGUCCGCGUUAAUCCAAGCGCAUAUAAGCGCAUUCGUGGACAUGCUAGCGAUGAAACAGGAAACGGUGAAGGAGCUCCAAGCGCUGCGAGAUUCCGUUGCGGCUGCUCUUGCUGCGCUGACUAAUCUUGGUCGCCCGGUUGAACACUGGGACGAUUUGAUCGUGUUCCUUGUUUCAAAAAAGUUCAGCUCCAAGACUCGCAGAGAAUGGAACCUUUCUCGCGGAAAAUCUCGCGAAUACCCGACGUAUAAGGAAUUGGACGAGUUAAUGAGCGUACGCAUUCGUAGGCUGUCCGAUUACGGGAUUCCGCGUGAUCCCGCGUCGCCGCGCGUUCGAGACAAAAGGUCUUCCUCAUCGGUCCACAAUGUUACCGUAGUCAAAUGCGCCGAUUGCUCCGGCGAUCACCGUUUAUCCGGAUGCAGUGAAUUUAUGGGAAAGUCUGUCGAUCAGCGUUCCUCUUUCGUUAAAACUAAGAAGCUUUAUUUUAAUUGCUUAAAUUCCGGACACUCUAUCAAAACGUGUCCGAGUAAGAAUCGGUGUAAACACUGUAAACGUCAGCAUCAUUCGUUGCUGCAUGGUCGGACCGUCGCAUAG